AUUUUCCUGAAGGAUAAAAGUAUAUAAAGUCCUCCUGUUAGAAAGUAGCCAGAAUAUACAAUUCAUCAACAGUACAACAAAAGAACAACAAAGGAAACAGUACCAAUUCCAGAUUGCUCGGCUAAUAAGCUGCAUAUAUCAACAGAUUCGACAUCAUAGAACCAAAAGCAAGCACAAUGGCCGCAACACGGAACAUUCGCGUAGCACUACCAAAGAGUGGUGUGAACAUUUUUUAUCGAGAGCAAAGUCCUGAAAAUCCUUCCAGAACUCUUCUACUACUCCACGGUUUCCCGUCGUCGUCACAUCAGUAUCGCGACAUCAUUCCAUUGCUCGCCACAAAAUAUCGCGUUAUUGCUCCGGACUUGCCCGGUUUCGGAUUCACAGAGACUCCUGAAGGUUUCAAAUUCACAUUUGAAUCCCUUACAGAUGUUGUCGCUGAAUUUUUAGAUUCACUUUCUAUCUCCAAAUUCGCGGUUUAUGUCUUUGACUAUGGAGCUCCAGUUGGCCUCCGUCUUGCACUACGUCGCCCAGAAUCGGUGGAAGGAAUUAUCACCCAAAACGGAAAUGCUUAUGUAGAAGGUUUUGGUGACGUCUGGGCACCGAUUAAAGAUUUUUGGGCUAGCAAGAACACCUCGGAUGAUCGUUCUAAGAUCGCGGGCGCCAUGCUGAACUUCGAUAUUACCAAAUUUCAGUAUGAGAAUGGCACUCCUGACUUACAAACGAUUGCACCUGAGUCUUAUACGCUGGACUACACUCUAUUGCAGCGCCCGGGAAGGACAGACGCGCAGCUUGACCUUUUCAUGGAUUAUCAAAAUAACGUUCCACUGUACGAGAAGUUUCAAGAAUACUUCCGAAAUUCUCAAGUGCCUCUAUUGGCAAUCUGGGGGCAGAAUGAUGUGUUUUUUAUUCCAGCUGGAGCUCAUGCGUUUAAAAAGGACUUGCCCAACGCAACUAUUAAACUCAUCGAUGCAGGCCAUUUUGCGGUGGAGAGUGAUGGAGCAUUGAUCGCAAAAGAGGUGGCAGAAUUCCUACACUAAACUAUUUACAAACUUAUAAAUGAAUCUUAGUUCUUUCACAAAUACAAUUAAUUACCCUAG